UAUAAAAGGGCCUUUAAGGCUCUGACGAUUGUAAGUCGAAAUCGAAGACAUAGACAGACUUCUCUCUCUGCUAUUCCCUCUUUCUUUGUUUCCUUCCUUUUAUUAUAAGGGUAUCUAAGAUCUUGUUUACUUGAGUAUCAUUUGUGUCUUUAAAAGGCUGUCCGAGAUUUAUUUCAAAGUUCAACCGUGAUGGAUCAGCAAGGGCAUGGCCAGCCAUCCAUGGGAGCGGUUGGCAGUGGAGGUCAGAUAGCAUAUGGUAGCAACCUGUACCAUCCCAACCAAAUGCCUGUAGGCCCAACUUCGGGAUCUGUCGUUACAUCAGUCGGAGGCAUUCAGUCUACGAGUCAACCUGGUGGAGCACAGCUUGCUCAACAUCAACUUGCUUAUCAACAUAUCCACCAGCAGCAGCAACAACAGCUUCAACAACAGCUCCAGACUUUUUGGGUAAAUCAAUACCAAGAGAUUGAGAAGGUAACAGACUUCAAGAACCAUAGUCUUCCCUUAGCAAGGAUCAAGAAGAUCAUGAAGGCAGACGAGGAUGUACGAAUGAUAUCAGCUGAGGCACCUGUUUUAUUUGCUAGGGCAUGUGAAAUGUUCAUCCUGGAAUUGACUUUACGGUCUUGGAAUCAUACCGAAGAGAACAAGCGCAGGACACUUCAAAAGAAUGAUAUUGCUGCAGCUAUCACAAGAACUGACAUUUUCGACUUUCUGGUUGAUAUAGUGCCGAGGGAAGAUCUGAAAGAUGAAGUACUCACAUCGAUUCCAAGAGGAUCAAUGACAGUUGGGGGACCUGGAGAUACACUUCCUUACUAUAUGCCGUCUCAGCAUGCACCUCAGGUUGGGGCACCUGGAAUGAUCAUGGGUAAGCCAGUUAUGGACCCAGCUAUGUAUGCUCCACAAUCACACCCUUAUAUGGCCCCACAAAUGUGGCAGCACGCACAAGAUCAAGCCCCUCCUGAUCAAUAAUAGCUUGCUGCAUGGAGGUGAAGGCGAACCACGGAGUCUCCUCCGAAGCAAGCUCUAUGAAGCCAAACCACACACACACAACAAACCGAAAGGAGAAUUUACACUGAAGAUUUGAUCUGAAGCCCUACACUAUACUUUCUGUAGAUAUUUUUGCUUGACAAGAUUCGAUAAUCUUGAUUGAGCUAGAAAAAGUCUCUUCUUUUUCUAUUCAUGCUUUACUUCUAUUCUGAUAUUGGGAAGGACAGUUGACAAAAUGUAUAACUUCAUAUGAUACUCCAAAAAUUUGAUGUUUACCUUCACAUUCCCAUAUAAAGAAAAAACUUUUGUUCC